UCAUGAGACGCUUUGGGGUUUCAUUGUCUAGAUCAAAACACCAAAUGACGAUUUCAAGUAUUCUCGAAUGCAACGCUUCUUUCCAAAAAUACCUUUUCCCCUUCGUCGUUGGAGGAAGAGAUUCAUUUCUCCAACAAUAUGUCUAUUAAAUCUUGACAUUUGACAAAUACCUGCCGAGUACUUCCCGUAUGGAUGGCUUUGGGCAGAAAUACCACCUGAUGAGCAGAAUUCAUCCAUCCCGACUAGAAAGCUAAUCGAUACCCAAUACUCUUCCUCGUUCUGACCACCAUUUUCGUAUAUCAUAUUCAUUUAUAUUAUCAUAUGACUCUUCCUUCGAGUCUCAUACUACCACACUACAUCUAAAAGAUAUAACACGGCAUAUUAAUAAGAAUUUGGCAUGUGUAUCACCCUCACACCACGAAAGAUGUCUGUCUACCUUUGAUACAUUCAUUCAUUUUUCCUCUGCUCCGAAUCUCCCUCCUUUCCGAAACUCGGUAACCUCAAUCUCUUAAGCCGAUGAUGACUUGACUGUUGGCCUACCUCGGCAAAACUGCUCUAAAAGCUAUCAAGCCACAUCCCGCGGUACAAGCUAUGAGGCGAAGAAACAUCCCUCAUUAUCACAAGCUUCAUUCAUAAUAAACCCCCCUCCAAUUAAACAUUCCUUUCGCAGACAAGAUCUUCGCAAUUUUUUAUUUUUAUUUUAUUUUUUCAACUUCUUCCUCACCUGUUCACCUCUGCCCUCUCAACAAUGUCUUCAUCUUCCUCCUCCCCAGGAGCUCAAAUAAACAAAAAGAUUGACGCACUCAACCCUCACCUCCCCCACGUUCCUGAAUCUAAGGCCGAAUUAAAACAAGAUGCCGAGAUAGUCGUUCAAAAAUCUUUUGCAGGAUUACGGUCGCUGGCUGCUGGAGGUUUCGGUGGUGUUUGCGCAGUUAUUGUUGGUCAUCCAUUUGAUUUGGUCAAAGUUCGUUUACAGACUGCGGAACGAGGGGUUUACAAAGGUGCUAUUGAUGUUGUGACGAAAUCUGUCGCAAAGGAUGGUCUUGCAAGAGGUUUAUAUGCGGGUGUGAGUGCACCGCUGGUCGGUGUUACUCCUAUGUGUAUGUUUUCUACUUUUUCCCGUUCAUCAUUAUUCUCUUGUUUGUUUUGAAAUUCAUACUCCCAAACAAAUAACUGAUCUUCCUUUUCUCCACAGUCGCCAUAUCUUUCUGGGGUUUCGACGUAGGCAAGAAUCUUGUGCGCGACUUUACCUCCACUGCCCCUCACGAACCCCUCACCAUUGCUCAAAUCAGUGCUGCUGGAUUUUUCUCCGCCAUUCCCCAGACAAUCAUUACUGCUCCAUUUGAACGUGUGAAAGUUCUUUUACAAAUCCAAGGACAAAAGGAACUUGCGCCUGGAGAGAAGCCAAAAUAUAAUGGUGGUGUGGAUGUCGUAAAGCAACUUUACAAGGAGGGUGGUAUUAAAUCAGUCUUUCGAGGAUCUGCUGCUACACUGGCACGAGAUGGUCCUGGAAGCGCCGCAUAUUUCGCAACCUACGAGUACAUCAAACGUCGCCUAACUCCUAUAGACCCCGCUACUGGUAAACCAGGCAAGGAACUAAGUUUAUUAGCGAUUACCGGUGCAGGAGCAUGCGCAGGUGUAGCAAUGUGGAUUCCGGUUUUCCCAGUCGACACAGUCAAGUCAAGAUUACAAACUAUGGAAGGCAAACCAACAGUUGGAGGUGUAAUAAAGGGGUUGUAUAGAAAUGGAGGAUUUAAGGCAUUCUUCCCUGGAUUUGGACCGGCAUUAGCGAGAGCUGUACCUGCUAAUGCUGCAACAUUUUUGGGCGUGGAAUUGGCCCACCAAGGAAUGAACAAGGUGUUUGGAUGAGCGAUCAGAGGCAGGCACUCAGGAAUGGGUAGAUGGAGCAUGGAAUAAAGGUUAUCGCUGGGUGGGGCAAAUAGAUGGGCUGGGGUGAUAGUAUUUCACUUCACUGUAAAACAUGAAUGCAUGUAUAAGGACCAUAAAGAAGUUCUUAGCUAUGGCACAUAGCUAGGUAGAGAUAGAUUUCUAAUUCUAGCUGGAGGUAAAAGAUGAUAGACUCGAGAAACCGGUACCAUUGAAUCGAAUUAGAUUUAGAUUUAAAUAGAGAGCUGAUCGAAUUUCCCAAACUUUGAUUUUGAAUUUAUAUGAAAUG